AGCUUCAAGAUUAGGGUUUAGGGUUUGCUUCCCAGGACUUGAAAAAUUAGGGUUCCCCUCGCAGUCAACGUGGUCGUCGAUGAGGUAUGUGCAUCAGAUGCUUAAGGCAUUGUGCAGCAGAAGCUGGCGCCCCUUUUACUCGUCUGGUUUACUUCGCAGGAGCUGCAUUCCUGUCCCUGUAGGCAUUCUGCAAACUCCAUCGAAUCUGCUCCACGGUUACAUAACUGAAGAUUUCCAAUCUGCAAGAAAGGGAACCUCAUUGGUGGUUUCGGCAAGCCGCAAGACCUAUCUUUGGUCCGGAUUCUGCAAUCUACUGCCAUUUACUGUUUUAGCAUUCUGUGAACAUGGCAGCCGCAGGAGCGCUGGCGAAGAAGGGCAUGCUGGGCCUUUGGUCGGCAACAAAGAGUGGAGUCAGCGCAGUGACUGAGGCCACCAAGAAAACUAGAGAUGCUUACAAUACCUAUCAGGAGAAAGAUGUCCUGGCUGGCCUGAAGAAGUCCGGCGUGGAGCCUGUGGAUUUGCUGGUGGCAUCGUUGCAGAAAUUCUUUUACCUGAGUGCUGCUGGAUACAAGCACGAGUUGGUGGCGGCAGCCCAGGCUGCUGCCUCUCGGCUGCUGGCAGAAGGCAGCAGUGUCCAGCUGGACACGGUCUUGAUUGCGGGCAGAAUCCUGGAGGAGGAGACGCUCAAGCGGGGCAGCUUUGAGAAGAGUGGCUUCAAGGCCAAGUUGAACGAGCUUUUGAAGACUGGGCGCGCAUCCAAAGAGCACUAUGACCGGGAUCAGCUGGCACACGACGUGUAUUACGCCCUGCUGCUGAUGAGUGAGGUGGCAGGAGCGAAGGGUGCACAGCUGGCCCACGCGGUGCGCGCCUGCGCCCUCCGCCUGGUGGAGAGCCCCACUCCGUUCGCUCCCGCCGCCUCAGGCAUCUCCAUCCCCUCUUUUGACAAGUCGACCUCAGCGGCAGGCGAUGCAGCGGCCGCGGCAAUCGCGGCAGUCAACGUCUCUGCCCACUCUGCUCCCCCGAGCGCCCCAGCCAUGAGUGGCGCCAUCGCUCAUGGUGGACUUCCAGAGACAGUCACUCCGACGGACGAGCAAGCAGAUCCCCUCAGGUACAAGCUCGUGAAAGCAAUCUACAUGGUGGCUUCGGUUUUGAGGAAGGAGGCCGAAGCUGCAGAGGAGAGGCGAGCGAAGAAAUUGAGAGAUGCAGAAGAGCUGCUGCGAAAAGAGCAAGCAAGGAUGCAUGGCGGCAUAUAACUCUUUCGAAGCAAGUUGCUGCCCCCUCUUGACAAUUAUUAGUAAGGUCAUUUUCAGAGGCUCUGUCAAAUAGAUUCCAACAAUAUUCGGCCGGAUAAGUACGAAGUAAAGACAGCUUGCUUUGGUAAGUCCGAGCUGGUUGUUAGGUAGAGAUCAUCUUUCUGGCACAGCCAAAAACGUUUACAGGGUGUACACAGCGAACACAAAUCUAAGCAAAUGGGAUAAUACUGCAACUCUUUUCGAAAGGUGCCAAGACGUUGAGCCAUAUGCAAGCUAGGUCGAAAAGGACGACACGAUGUGGCCGCCCGGUCGGAUGCGCCUUAUUGCGAGCCGAAAGUGGAAAACCAAUGAUGCGAC